UGUCGUUUUACCUGAAUUUGUUUCUCGGACGAAAACUUAAGGUAUAGUAUGGAAUAUAUUCAAGAUUUAGUGAAAAGAAAUAAGGAAUUUAUAGAAAAAUGUACUGAUGGCUGUGAAGUUAUAAAACAAGAAUGUGACUCCUAUUUCAAAGAAAUUGAUCUGUUUCUCAAAACAGAAAAUGCAGAUUUUUUUAAACUUGUUAAUACGGGAAAAGAAAACAUAGAGUCCGCUGUUGUAACAAAUAAAAGGAAAGGACGAUUGAGAAAACCAGCUUUAGCUGACUUAUCCGAAAAUAAUAUACUGCGUACAGAAUCUGUUACUAUAAAGAAAGAGAAGAUAUCAAUCAUUCAAGGGGAACAGGAAGUACUGAGCUUAAAUGUACAAAUCAAGAAAGAGAUAGAGGAAAUGCCUGCUCCCACGAGGUUACCACCAAGAAAGAAGAAAAUUAAGACGGAAAAAAUUGAUUUACCAAAAAGAUCUACACGAACAAGAACAAAAAAAAAUGAAGCUAAUGAUGAAAUUACUAGUGACAAUGAGAACACUAGGAUCACCAAAGGUUCGGAUGUAAUUAUUCAAAACACUACCAUCACCACAAUAGAAAUUUCCGAUAAUGAGAAAGAGACAGAUUCAGAGACUGAUAAAAUUAACAGCCAGAGGGAGAUGAGAAGUACGAGAUCUAAAGUGAAACUACAGAAUAAGCACGUUCCUUCAGAAGAUUUAGUGUCUUCAAACAAAGAUUCAGGCGUAGAAGAGAUAGGUAAAAAUAUGAGAAGUACGCGUACUAAAACUAAGCAGAAGAAAAGAGGCAGAUCAAAAUCCAUGGAGCAUGCAUUUAGCGAAACAGAAAAGAAGAAAUCUAAAUCAGAUUCUGAAAAAGAAAGCAAUCAAACUAAAUAUGAAGAUGCUGUUUCUGUAAUUGACAACGACCAGGAUAAACAUCUACCUGCUGCUGAUGCUACCUACAUUGCUUCAUAUAAAAAAAGCUCACUGGGUGGUAAUGACAAUAUUCCCCCAUCUAUAAAUUCCACUGUAGUCGUAGAGAAUCCUAAAAUAGUUACAAAGGAGACACAACAAUCUCCUACAUCUACCCAAACAGAUGUCAAAGAAACCCCAAAAACACCACCAAAACAUGUGAAGAAAAAUGGAAAUAAACAGAUAUUUAGCCCAUUUGAGAAGACCCCGGUUAAGAAGAAGGUAGAAGCAUUUGAAAAGCUUGGUGGUGUCGAAUAUAGUAGCAUUCCUACAAGGGUUACGAGAACAAAGAAAAAGAUGCAAAAACAUGAUGAUGAACAAAAGGAAGAAAAUGAACUUAAACCCAGUGAUGAAAAGAGCAAACAUUCUUCAGAAAAAGAAAAGCAACUUACUCCCAUUACUUAUAAAUUUGUUCCCAAAGUAUGCAGCACGUCAAAGAUCAGUAAACUUCAUCCAGUUUAUAGCAGCAAUACUUCCACUAGCAACGAAAGUAUCUUGUCGGUGAAAAGUGCUAGUGCAUUGAAAGCUUCACAAGCAGAGUUCAGGGAAAGAGAAAAACGAAGACAGGAGAAAGAAAGAGAGGCCUUACGAAAAAAAGAGGCCUUACUUCAGGCACAAACUGAGGAAAAAAGAAGGAAGAGAGAGGAGAAACAGCAACGAGCUCAACAGCAGAGGGAGAUGUUAGAGAAAGAGAUGCAGAAGCAACUGGAAGCACAGCGCAUUAAAGAAGAGAAAUACAAACAGGCUAUGGCUGAGAGAGAUAAGAAAUUGCAAAAACAGAAGGAGGAGGCCGAGAAAAAGCGACAGAUGGCAAAGCACAAGGCUUAUGAGUUACUCAAAGAGAAAGAAGAGGCGAUUAGGAUUGCAGAACAAAAGAAGUAUGCAGAGAUGAAAGCGGUGUUAGACAAUCAAAGCGAGUUGACAAAAGGGGCUUUAAAACAGAAGGUGGAAAAGGCGCGGCAACCUUUACCAAUAUAUAUGAUGACUAACCCUCCUUUAUUACCCACAGCUGAUUGUUAUGAUUCUGAUGAUCCUGAGUUUGAUCCACAUAGCAGAGUUAGGCCCGCAUGGAGUAAAGAUAGGGAAAUGGAAGAAAUGCAGCGUGCAAUGAUCGCUGCUGGUGAAACUAUAAAAAAUUCGUUUUUCUGUAGGCAAGCACAAACUCCUGAUUUACAAGAAAUUUUCGAAAAAAUAGACCCUAGAAAACUGAAAAGGACAUCAAGUGCUAUCUGGAGAAAACCACCCAGAUAUACUUUAAUGCCCACACUUGAGGAUACAAUAGAAUUCAGCGAAGAUUCUGAUUAACAUGUUCGUCUAAGUAAACUGUUAGUAUUUUUUAAUAUAUUCAUAUUUAAAUAGUAUUGUAAUAACGGAUUUUAUAUAUCUGAUGUACCUUAUACAAAAAUGUACUUUUUAAAAAUUUCACUAGAUGUUUCUUAGUUUUUUUAUUUGUAAAUUAUA